UCCAAACCAUCUUCUUUUUUUAUGUUUUUCCAUUAGCAUAUAAUCACACUAGAAUCUCCAAUGACAUUAAGCUAUCAACAACUUCUUACUUCUUUAUUCAAGAUGACCAUUCUUACUUCACAAAUGACACUUUUUUUGUUUAUGCUUUUAUCUAUAACUACAUUCCACAAAACCAUGUGCAGCAACCACACCGUGGUUCAAUGCAAUGAGAAAGAUCGUGAGAUAUUGUUAAACUUCAAACAAGGCAUCCAUGAUACUUUUGGUCGGAUAUCAAUAUGGUCCGAAAAAGAUUGUUGUGCUUGGGAAGGAGUCCACUGCGACAACACUACUGAAAGAGUUACAAAACUUGAUCUCCACUUGAAAGAUUUGAAAGGUGAGAUGAGUCUUUGUAUUCUCGAACUGGAGUUUCUCAGUUACUUAGAUUUGAGUAUGAAUCAUUUUGAUGUGAUAAGUAUUCCAGUCACUCAACACAACAUCACACAUUCAUCUAGCCUUUUCUACCUUGACUUAUCCUUCAACGAAGGUCCUAAUCUGCACAUGGAUAAUCUUGAUUGGCUUUCUCCACAUUCUUCCUUGAAAUAUCUCAUCCUUAGUGGAAUUGAUCUUCACAAGGAAUCCAAUUGGCUUCAAGUAGUGAGUACACUUCCCUCACUAUUAGAACUACAAUUGACUGAUUGCAAACUGAACAACUUCAUGUUCAACUCAUCUUUUGAGUAUUUGAAUUUGUCUUCAAUUGUAAUUCUUAAUCUUUCUUUAAACAACUUCACCUCUCAUUUGCCAAAUGGGUUUUUUAAUCUCACAAAAAAUCUCACCUAUCUUUACCUUCAUGAAAGCAAUAUACAUGGUGAGAUACCUUCAAGCUUGCUAAACCUUCAAAUUUUAAGACACCUUGAUCUCUCUAAAAACAACCUACAAGGAUCAAUUCCAGAUAGAAUAGGGCAACUACCAAAUAUUCAACACCUUGAUCUUUCAAUGAACAUGUUAAGCGGUUUCAUUCCUUCAACUCUAGGAAACCUCUCAUCCUUAAUUUCCUUAUCCAUUGGCUCUAAUAAUUUCUCUGCUGAAAUUUCAAAUUUAACUUUUUCCAAACACUCUAGUUUAGUUUCACUAGACAUGAGUAAUUCAAAUGUUGCAUUCCAAUUUGAUUUGGAUUGGGUUCCUCCUUUUCAACUCUCUCACCUAUCAUUGAGUAAUACAAAUCAAGGCCCAAACUUUCCAUCUUGGAUAUAUACACAAAAGUCACUGCAAGAUCUCGACUUAUCGAGCUCAGGAAUUUCGUUUGUGGAUAGAAAUAAGUUCUCGAGCCUUGUAGAAAGAAUACCCAAUGAACUUAUUUUGACAAACAAUUCGAUUGCUGAAGACAUAUCUAACCUAACACUAAAUUGUUUGUUUUUAAGGUUGGAUCACAACAAUUUCACAGGAGGACUCCCAAACAUAUCACCAAUGACCACUCAUGUUGAUGUGUCAUUCAACUCCUUCUCAGGAGAAAUUCCACAUAGUUGGAAGAACUUGACAGAUUUACAAUACAUUAUCUUGUGUAGAAAUAGGCUGUCUGGUGAAGUUCUAGUGCACCUCGCUAAUUUGAAAGAUUUACGAUACAUGUUCUUGGGAGAAAAUGAAUUUUAUGGAACUAUACCAACCAUGAUGUCACAAUACUUACAAGUGGUUAUAUUGAGAUCUAACCAAUUUGAAGGGAAUAUUCCACCACAAUUAUUCAAUCUCACUUCUUUGUUUCAUUUGGACCUUGCACACAACAAAUUUUCAGGAUCUUUGCCGAACAGCGUCUACAACUUGACUCAAAUGAAUACUAAUCAUGUGUAUGUAUGGAGGCCUGUCACAUUUAAUUUAUUUACCAAAGGUCAAGAAUAUGUGUAUCAAGUCCGUCCGGAGAGACGAACUAUUGACCUUUCAGCCAAUAGCUUGUCCGGAGAAGUGCCAUUGGAAUUGUUUCGGCUUGUUCAAGUUCAAACGUUAAACUUAUCUCACAAUAAUUUGAUUGGAACAAUACCAAAAGAUAUUGGACGCAUGAAGAAUAUGGAAUCUCUUGACCUCUCUAGUAAUAAGUUUUAUGGUGAAAUUCCGCAGAGCAUGUCUCUCUUAACAUUUUUGGGUUAUUUGAAUUUAUCUUACAACAAUUUUGACGGAAAAAUUCCAACAGGAACUCAACUUCAAAGUUUUAAUGAAUCGAGCUACAUUGGAAAUCCUAAACUAUGCGGAGCUCCUGUAACCAAUUGUACCACAGAAGAAGAAAAUCCUAACACUGAAAAGCCUUUUACACAGAUUGAAGACGAGGACUCUAUAAGAGAAUCAAUGUAUCUUGGCAUGGGAAUUGGAUUUGCAGUAGGUUUUUGGGGGAUUUCUGGUUCUUUGUUUCUUAUUAGAAAAUGGAGGCAUGCAUACUUUCGGUUUAUUGAUGGAGUAGGUGACAAGCUCUAUGUUACUUUGAUCCCAAAGUUAAACAACUUUGGAAAAAAUUGAGCUCCGGCUAGUUAAGUUUGCUUCAUAUUUUAUUAGGUGAUUAUACUUGUGGCAGACUCUUCACUGUUUUGCUAAUCAUGGAUAUAGCUUUCUAAACCGAGCCAUUAUUGUGACGUUUCUGAGACUGUACCACUGAUUCUGCUGAAUUCAUCAUCUUUCACUAGUUGUAAUUUUUUUGUUCAUUGAAUAUUUUUUAUAUAAGUCGAGGAAUGGUUGCAUUCAUGUGUAAACUAUCUCUCUUCUUUUUAUUAGUUUAUGUAUAUGGUGGCAGAAUAAUAGUUUGUGUAGGAACGUUGUUGACUUGUUACUUACAACUCUAAAUUAUGUGAAGGUGUCAUAUGUAAAUUGAUUUUCAUCACAAAACAAAAAUGUACUAUUAAAAUUCUAAAAUAAACAAUAUUAAUUGCCAA